AUGGAUCCAGAGAUUGUCAAGUCAACAGCCGGAAACGCGGCGGCGCCGGUGGUGGGUGCUUCUAAGAAUGCCUACGUGACGUUCUUGGCCGGCGCCGGCGACUAUGUGAAAGGCGUCGUUGGGUUGGCCAAGGGUUUGAGGAAAGUCGGCUCUGCGUUCCCGCUUGUGGUGGCGCUCCUAGCCGACGUGCCAGCGGAGCACCGCCGUAUCCUUGUGGAGCAGGGCUGUAUACUCCGUGAAAUUAAGCCGGCAUUCCCUUCUUCCGAUGCCGAUCAGAACCACACAUAUGUUAGGAAUUAUUUCCUUCUCAACUACUGCAAGCUUCGCCUUUGGAAGUUUGUGGAGUAUGAGAGAAUGAUAUAUAUGGAUGCGGAUGUGCAAGUGUUUGAUAACAUAGAUCACCUGUUUGAGCUUCCGAGUGGCUAUUUCUAUGGGGUGGUUGAUUGCGUGUGCGAGAUGUCGGGCGAUGCCUGCCCACAGAAGCUCCGGUGGCCGCAGGAGCUCGGCCCUCAGCCCCCUUUCUACCUCAAUGGUGGCAUGUUUGUUUUCGAGCCGGAUCUCACCACCUAUCAUGACCUCAUUCACACCCUCAGCCUCACCCCUCCCACCCCUUUCGCCGAGCAGGAUUUGUUGAACAUGUUCUUUAGAGAGAAGAUGAAGGUGAUUUCUCCGGAGUACAACCUAUUGGUGGCAAUGUUGUGGAGGCACCCUGAGGUUGUGGACGCGGAGAAGGCAAAGGUGGUUCACUAUUGCAUGGAGGGGUCGAAGCCGUGGAGAUUCACCGGCGAGGAAGAGAAUAUGGACAGAGUAGACAUGAAGAUGUUGGUAAGCAAGUGGUGGGAUAUAUACAAUGAUGCCUCCUUGGAUUUCAAUGUCGCCGGCCAAGGUGUGAAGGUGGUUCACUUCUGCGUCGCUGGUUCAAAGCCAUGGCAGUAUACGGGGGAAGGGGAGCAUAUGGAGAGAGCAGAUGUAAAAAUGUUGGUUGACCACCGGUGGGAAAUUUAUAACGAUUCUGCAAAGGAGCAAGUAGACAGGUUUCUGGUUGAUGGGGAUGAACUUUAUACCUAAUAAAGGAGACUCACAUGUUUUGUGGCUGUCUUUGGUUUGCAUGUUGUAGCUGGAUUAGCUUGUAGUCUUUGCAUCAUUACCUGUAUUAUCCAGACCUGUUUGUCUGUUGCAGAAUUGCAGUACAAACGUAUGUAUAAAUCUCUACUUAGAUCUGUUUCUAUUGCCCGAGUUCCAACAAUGGACUUUCAGCAAGAUCUAAUCGAAGACAUUAGACACACAACCACUAAAUCACAAUUAUUUCAUCAACUAUUUUUGAUAUGUCAUUGAAGUAAUUUUGACUAUUAUUAGUCAUUAAUUUUGAUUUUGCAAAUAUCACACUUAAAUAAAUACUAUGAAAAUUGAUAAUAAUAAAAAAAUUAUGAAAUGAAAACAUUGAUUUGUAGCGAAAAUGGGACUGAUUUUGAUGGUAUUGUUGUGGAUGAUUAAGGUAUUCUUGCAAAAAA